AUGGUGCACCGCAGCUGGCAGGCCUUGGCGCGCGCCCAACCACCCCUGCACCUGCACUGCUGCAAGCCCGUCGUUGUGGACCCGUGCCAGGGUUCCCCAUAUUUUCAAGCCAACGCGUGCAAUGUAGUUGUGGCCCUCCCGCCUCCUGGGCUUGCUGGUCCCGGAGCCUGGAUCCGCUGCCAAAAGCGAUGGACGCCACAGCCAGAAGUCGCUAUGCCCACCGUUUUUCCCCGUUUCUACCAAUCCUUCGGUCUGGCACUAGUUAAUAUCCGUUUGUCCAGUCCACCACAACCACGGUUCACACCCAUUAUCGUCUCGCCUCUUCUCUUCUGCACGCUCCCCUCCCAAGCCACGUCCCCCAUUGAUUUCUUCUUUCGCUGUUUGCCAAUUGGCUUCCACAAUGCCCUCAAUCCUCGCCUCGCCUUGCCUCGCCGUCUCAACCAGACCAAACCCACAUGCUGCCGCUACCUUCAUCCGACUAUCCAGAAACCGGGGCUCUCUUCUAGUCUGCGGGCCUUAUUGCUGAUCCUCAAUUUGCCUUUUACCGUGCUGGACCGAUCGAAUCACAUGCACAUGCUCGUCUAUUUGCGAGCCGCCUUUUGGAAUGCCCUUGUCCAACCUCGCACACAGUUUCACACAAUGCCGCCUCGGCACCGAAAGUGGUCUCUGAACACCUCGCUAAUUUCUCCUAUAGACAUCAUGAAGUGGACUGCUGCCGCUCUUGGCCUCGCUGCCACCGUCGCCGCUGUUCCCCAGGGCGCUGCCUCCGGCCUUAAGCCCGAUGGCUCUGCCCCCGAAGGCUGCACCGGUACCUACAACGGCAAGUUUGAGGUCAGCAUCUUCAAGCUUGGCGCCAGCAAGCGCUCCAUCGAGAAGCGUGACUGCUCUGGCGACCAGUCCCUCGUCCUUGACCUCAAGGACGGUGUCCUGACUGACAGCAAGGGACGCAUUGGUUCCAUCGUCGCCAACUACCAGUUCCAGUUUGACGGCCCUCCCGCCCAGGCUGGUGCCCUCUACACUGCUGGUUUCUCCACCUGCCAGAACGGCUCCCUGGCCAUCGGUUCCUCUACCGUCUUCUACCAGUGCCGCUCUGGUGACUUCUACAACCUCUACGACCGCCACUGGGCCGAGCAGUGUGAGGCCGUCGAGAUUGUCGCCAUGCCCUGCAGCGCCCAGAAGAGCAACGGUGGCAGCCCCAUGCAGUCCCCCAUCGCCACUAGCAUGGCCGUCACCACCAUUGUCGCUGCUCUCUCCGACGGCCAGCCCCAGGUCAAGACGACCACCAUCCCUGUCCCCAUGUGCCAGAUUGGCGAUGGUCAGGUCCAGGCUCACAGCACCCCUUGUGAUCAGGCCCCCGGUGCCCCCGUCUCUCAGAUCUCCGACGGCCAGAUCCAGGCUCCCACCAACCUGCCUCCUGUUUCUCAGAUCUCGGAUGGCCAGAUUCAGAUCUCCGACGGCCAGGUUCAGGCCCCCUCUGCCACUGGUGCUCCCGUCACCCAGAUCUCGGAUGGCCAGGUUCAGGCCCCCUCUGCCACUGGUGGCGCCAAGGUUACCCAGAUCUCUGACGGCCAGGUCCAGGCUCCCACCACCACCGCCGCAACUAUCCCCGUCGCUGCUGCUGGCAAGGCCAUCCCCGGCCUCGCCGCUGCUGGUCUCGCCGCUGCUCUCUUCUUUGGCUCUAGUAUUUGGAUGGAACUGCUGUUUGUCGCCACGGUUUUUGGUGACCCUAAUGUGGUUGUGGAAUUGUUCUUUUCUGUCGCAUUUAUGGCGGAGGCCCUCGCAUGGUGCGUGGGCAUUAAUAUAUAG